AUGUCCGAACGUCGCGAGCGCAAGCCCUCUGUCGGUGUUCCAAUCGAUGACCUUCAAGGUCCCGUGGGGCCUGGCUUCAGUCGCCCCAAGCAUAAGCGCACCUUUACGGGCUUUGGUCCUUCCGAGAUCAAAAGCGUCGAGGCCAGCAUCCCUGAGCCCCUACGCGAGGCAUGGCGGAAAUAUUCCGCCCACGAGUUCACCAACAAGGACGAAUUCGAGAGAGAGCUCGUUCGGCACAUUGAAACGACCCUCGCUCGGUCUCUCUACAAUUGCGAUGAUUUGGCGGCUUACUCGGGUACUGCCCUUGCCUUUCGAGAUCGCUUGAUCAUCGAGUGGAACAGGACUCAGCAGCGGCAGACCUUCACUGAUCAGAAGAGAGUUUAUUAUCUUUCCCUCGAGUUUCUGAUGGGCCGAGCACUCGACAAUGCUAUGCUUAACGUGGGCAUGAAGGAUGCUGCUCGAGAGGGUCUGCAAGAUCUUGGAUUCCGCAUCGAAGAUGUCAUCGGGCAGGAGCAUGAUGCGGCUCUCGGUAACGGUGGCCUCGGUCGUCUGGCGGCCUGCUUCCUUGAUAGUCUGGCAACUCUCAACUACCCUGCUUGGGGAUAUGGCCUACGAUACCGCUAUGGAAUCUUCAAACAGGAGAUUGUCAAUGGCUAUCAAAUGGAGGUUCCAGACUAUUGGCUGGACAACAACCCCUGGGAGUUCCCCCGUCAUGAUAUCACCGUGGACAUUCAAUUCUAUGGCCACGUGAAGAAGAAGCAGGAUGAGAACGGUAAACUUGUUGCCUCCUGGGUGGAAGGAGAGACUGUACAGGCUGUAGCAUAUGAUGUUCCUAUUCCCGGAUACGGUACCAAGACCACCAACAAUCUUCGUCUUUGGUCUAGCAAGGCAAGCAGUGGAGAAUUCGAUUUCCAGAAGUUCAAUGCCGGAGACUACGAGAAUGCGGUUGCCGACCAGCAGAGCGCCGAGACAAUCUCGGCCGUCUUGUACCCCAAUGACAACUUGGAGCGAGGCAAAGAACUCCGACUGAAGCAGCAGUACUUCUGGUGCGCUGCCUCCCUGUACGACAUCGUGCGUCGCUUCAAGAAGACCAAGAGGGCAUGGAGCGAGUUUCCCGACCAGGUGGCGAUUCAGCUUAACGACACUCAUCCCACUCUUGCCAUUGUCGAGAUGCAGCGCAUCCUGAUUGAUAUUGAGGGUCUUGAAUGGGACGAAGCUUGGAAUAUCGUGACAAAGACUUUCGGAUACACCAACCACACCGUUCUCCCCGAGGCGCUGGAGAAGUGGUCUGUUCCUCUCAUGCAGAACCUCCUUCCUCGGCACUUGCAAAUCAUCUACGACAUCAACUUGUACUUCUUGCAGUCUGUGGAGAAGCAGUUCCCCAAUGAUCGUGAGAUUCUGUCCCGUGUCUCCAUCAUUGAGGAAUCUCACCCAAAGAUGGUGCGCAUGGCAUACAUAGCUAUCAUUGGAUCCCACAAGGUCAAUGGUGUGGCCGAGCUACACUCCGAUCUACUCAAGUCGACUCUUUUCAAGGACUUUGUAGACAUCUACGGAGUUGAUCGCUUCACCAACGUAACCAACGGAGUUACCCCGCGUCGUUGGCUGCACCAGGCGAACCCAGCCCUCUCCAGUCUGAUUGCAGAGAAGCUUGGAGGUCACGAGUUCUUGACUGAUUUGACCCUUUUGGAUAAACUGGAGGCAUUUGUGGACGACAAAGACUUCAGGCGCCAGUGGGCACACAUCAAGUCUGACAACAAGCUCCGCUUGGCUAAACUCAUCAAGGAUACAACUGGAUAUACCGUGAACCCAGAAUCUCUGUUUGACAUCCAGGUCAAACGUAUUCAUGAGUACAAGCGACAGCAACUCAACAUCUUUGGGGUGAUUCACCGCUACCUGAAGAUUAAAGGAAUGACCGCCGCGGAGCGCAAGAAGGUGGUCCCUCGAGUUUCAAUCUUUGGCGGCAAAGCAGCCCCGGGCUACUGGAUGGCCAAGACCAUCAUUCAUCUCAUCAAUAAGGUGGCAGCUGUGGUCAACAAUGAUUCUGAUGUUGGCGACCUUCUCAAGGUCAUAUUUAUCGAAGAUUACAACGUCAGCAAGGCCGAAAUCAUUUGCCCGGCCUCAGACAUCAGCGAGCACAUUUCUACUGCUGGUACCGAAGGAAGUGGAACUAGUAACAUGAAGUUUGUGUUGAACGGUGGUUUAAUCAUCGGAACAUGCGAUGGCGCAAACAUCGAAAUUACUCGCGAGAUCGGCGAUCAGAAUAUCUUCCUCUUCGGCAAUCUCGCGGAGGACGUCGAAGAUCUCCGCCACCGUCACUUCUACGGCGACUUCCAACUCGACCCAGCCCUGGAAAAGGUCUUCAAAGCAAUCAAGGACAACGUGUUCGGUGACGCUGGUGAUUUCUCGGCGCUCACUGCUUCUAUUGAGGAACACGGCGACUACUACCUUGUCUCCGACGACUUCCACUCCUAUGUCACGACCCACGAAAUGGUUGACGAGGCUUUCUUGAACAAGGAGGAGUGGCUGGCCAAGUCAAUCACUAGCGUUGCUCGCAUGGGAUUCUUCUCGACUGAUCGGGUUAUCAACGAAUACGCAGAUAGUAUCUGGAACGUUGAGCCGCUAGUUGUCAAGGAUUGA